CAUCAGCCCCGUUGCUUACAGUUGUUGACAGAAGACAGAACUUCCUUCUCCUGGUAUCAACAUGAGAGUGCUCAGUUUGAUUAUGUUGACCAUAUUGUUCACCUGUCUGCUUUUGACGACUGUUCACUCGAAUUAUCUGUAUGGACGAAGACAAAUGCAAGUACCAGAAACAUCAUAUGUAUUUGAGGCAACUCCUGCUGAAGAACCACUUGCCUUUGUCCCAGCUUCAACAAACCAAGGAUUUGGCGACAGUAAUAUACAAUGUGCCUUUUGCAAAUGGUCCACCCCUUGUUGCUGCUCUCACUUAUGUACUGCUUCUUUUUUGCUUCCUGAUCCCUUCCAUCCUCAGCCUGUUUUUUCUGAAGGAUUAUACGCAGAUUCACGUUUGGCUUAUUCAAAUUUUUAACAAGCACCUUUCAGUGUAUCAAUCUAAGGAUCAAUAGUUAUUGUAUCUUGAUAUGGGAAUUAAAGAAAUCAAGACACUAUAA